AUGAAAGAAGAGAGGAAGAAGGGAGGCCAGGUCAAGCUCUCCGACAUCUACACUUCUGAGCUGAAGGCAGGGAUCCAUUCCCCCUACAAAUCAAGCGGGACCAGAAGCAGGAUUGAAGAAGAGCCUUGGUGUCCAUCCACCGACCCUGAAGCCUGGAGGGACCAUUACAGCUCGGGGGGAUUAAUCGAUGGCAGAGAGACGAUGGUGGCGGCAGAGUUCACAUCGGCAAGAAGAGAGGAAGAAGCUCAACCCCAAGUCCCACCGGGAUUCACUGUUCUCCGGCUGGAGGAGGAAGCAAGGGCGGAAGAAGGGAAUAAUCGGUGGAGGAUGAAGGGGAAAUACAGGGAGGAUAUGGGGGCAAGAAAUUUGGAACUGGAUUUGGAGGAAGCAUCGGCGGCAAUGCAGGGGAGUCUGAGUCUCGACGGAGGGAAAGAGACGCAGCGGCAGGCAGGAGGAUACAAAUGGGAGCCCAACUGUCACUUGGGCCUAGAAACCCUACCCCACAGGCCUGCCCAAGAACUGACAUGGAGCCCAGGCCACUCAACACUCAGUCCCAGAGCCCAUACCAACACAUUCAAGGGGAGCUGGAAGGAGAUAUGGGCCGAAAUUAUAAAAAAAAGAAAGGGCCAAUCUAUUCUAAGCCCAGGAGAAACGGGCCAGAGGGUUAAUGAAGGGUCUGGUUUUACUUUGAGCCCAUCUAGCUCUAUGUUUGCAGGAGGAGUGAAAGGAAGGAGUAAGAAGAAGAAGCACCAAAGAAACAAAGCUCAAUCGACAAGUGAAGACAUAGGGGAUGGAGAAGAAAGCGACACAAGGGCAGCGGUGGUUCGCCAAAAGCCACCUCACGAUCCAUGA